CAGCGCAGAUGAGCAGCGCAGCUCUGCCGGCGCGUCCCGGCGUUGCAGACCCGCCUCCCCUCACGCCGCGCCGGGCACGCCCCACAGGAAAGCUCCCGGCUUCCGCGGGGCCUGCACCGGGCCGGGCGGCAGCGCAGGGAGACCCGGCAGGCCUUCACGCUGUCCUCGCUUGUAAAGCUGGAUGUGGAGCAGUUCCUCUCUCCGAGACUGAGCCCAGGGCUGACUUCUCGGGAGGAGGUGUGAGAACCAUCUGCUCCCGUGUUCAUGCAGGGAGCAACUCCAGAGUCCUUUUACAGAAGGAGGAGCAAGUUGGAUUCCAAAAAGAUGAAGAUGUCCAGUAGGCAGUAGGAACAAGGACUGGAAUUGCAAGGAUGUCUUGCAAGAAAUGACAUCCCCAGCACUUGGUGUAAGGAGACUGCAGCACAGGAAAAGAAACAUUAACUUUUGGAAGCUUGCAAAGUAAAUUGGUGACAAACCUAGAAGAAGCAGCACAGGUUAUGUAGUUGCCUCGGAUACACACUGUUGACUGGAAGAGACUGCUCUUCAUCUUGCUGAACUAUGCCAAGAAAAAGGAAGCUGUUGGCUCAAUUAAGUGCUCUCCAAAGCAACCCCAGCUCCCCUUCCCUUGAUGCCUUGGAGAAAGUGAAUGCUGUGCCUGAUGGGGAUGAUUCUUCAAAAAGCAGCAAAUAUUUUGCAAUAGAGAAGAAGAAUUCUUCCCAGCUAGAGGCAGAUUUUUUCAACCAGCCCUGCAUUAGUCUAGCCAAGUCCUUUCUGGGGCAGAUUUUAGUUCGCAAACUUCCUGAUGGCAGAGAACUCUGGGGGAGGAUUGUUGAAACAGAAGCUUAUCUGGGUGGGGAAGAUGAAGCUUCCCACUCGAAAGGUGGGAAGCAAACCCAACGAAACGCUGCCAUGUUCAUGAAACCAGGAACUCUCUACGUCUAUCAGAUCUACGGGAUGUAUUUCUGCAUCAAUGUUUCCAGCCAAGGGGAAGGGGCUGCGGUGCUGCUGCGCUCGCUGGAACCUCUGCGGGGCCUGGACGCGAUGCGAGAGCUGCGCAGUGCGGCCAGGAAAGGGCCCCCCAGGGUGCUGAGGGACUGGCAGCUCUGCAACGGGCCCUCCAAGCUCUGCCAAGCCUUGGGCAUCGAUAAGACCUUUGACCAAAGGGACCUGGCUCAGGAUGCAGCCAUCUGGAUGGCACCAGGCAGUGACCUGCCAGGGGAGCAGGACGUGGUAGCCACGACGAGGAUCGGUAUCGGCAACAGGGGAGAGUGGGCACUGAAACCUCUCAGGUUUUAUUUACGAGGAAACAAAUCUGUAAGUGUUGUAGAUAAGAAGACAGAGAAAGAGAUGGCAGCAAUGGGACAUUCUUCUGGCAGCUGACAAGUGUUCCAGGUGUGCCACAGCCCAGGACUGGAGCUGGGCUCUGUGCUGGCAGCAGCUCGGGCACACACAGUGCCUCGGUGGUUUUUAACAAUAAAUGUGCUUUC